UUGAAUGUCGUUGAAUUUCUCAUCACGAAAGGAGCUGAAGUUGAUCCUAUAGACUGUCUUAAGCGGACACCUCUUCAUUAUGCUGCCAUGAAGGGUCUCAAGGAUGUCGCUAAAAAAAUCAUUACGAAAGGAGCCAAUAUUGAUUUAGGAGACUGCCAUGAUCGGACACCUCUUCAUCAUGCUGCUAUGAAUGAUCACAUGGAGGUUGUCCAAUUGCUCAUUAUGAAAAAAGCUGAAGUUGAUCCUAUAGACUGUCUUAAGCGGACACCUCUUCAUUAUGCUGCCAUGAAGGGUCUCAAGGAUGUCGCUAAAAAAAUCAUCACGAAAGGAGCCAAUCUUGAUUUAGGAGAUUGCCAUGAUCGGACACCUCUUCAUCAUGCUGCUAUGAAUGAUCACAUGGAGGUUGUCGAAUUGCUCAUCGCAAAAAAAGCUAAAGUUAAUCCUAGAGACGGUCUUAGGCGGACACCUCUUCAUUAUGCUGCUGAGAAUGGCAACGUACAGAUCGUUCAAAUCCUUGUGAACAAUGGAGCCAGUCUUAGUAUAAAAGAUUAUCGAAAUCAGACACCUUAUCAGAUUGCUUCAAAAAAUAACAAGGAGAAGGUGGCUGACUAUCUUAAGGAGGUUGAAGAAAAAACACGCCAUGGACACAAGUGAAAUCAAUUGAAAAAUCAGAUUUUUUCCUUUGAGUUCCGUAUUCGAUUGUCAUGUAGAAUAUUAACCCGCAGACGGGCAAGCUAAAUCACUUAAGACCGAAAGUGGACUCAUAGUUUUAUGGCUGUAAAAUUGAAAAAAAAACGCAAUAUAUUUUCAAAAGUGAGAUUGUGCUGGAAGCUAGAAAGAUGUAUCUCUCAAACGUGCCAUAUGCCGAUAAAAUUAAAUGAAAACCAACAGAGAUAUAUUACUCUGAUUUUUUUGUCUAAAUUUUGUGAAAAAACA